AUGAACGGAUCAUCGACGGAACCGGCAGUGGCGGCCCGGUCACGGGAGGACGGCCCCGCAACGAUGGAAACGGUCGAAACGGUAACGCUGAUAAGCGACGAUUCGGACGUCGAGAUGACGGACGUCUCCAUGAAGCGACCGGUAAAUCCGACGGAAUCUGAUGAAGGAAGACGCACGAGCCGCCGCAAAAAGGUGAAGGUCGGGUACGGUGAUAAUGGGGCGAAAGUGACCGGUACGACACCGGGAGGCGGUGGUGGCAGCGAAGCAGGAGUGGACGAAAAAAGUACACAGCCCUCCGGCGAGCGUAAAGGUGAAGCAACGCCCGGCUCGAAGACGAAGCGUCGUGACACAGAGGAAAAACCGGCUGGAACGGUGCCAGACACAAACCCGUAUCAGGAACUCAUGACGGGGCUGGAAGGGGCCGCCUUCCAGUCGCGACUGCCCGUGGAGAAAAUGACAGCCGCUGAGGCGGUCUGCUUCCCAGAGAUCAUCAAGCACGGGCUGGUGGCGCAACGGGUGUUCUUGAACGUGCGCAAUCGCAUCCUGCAGAUGUGGAUCGAGGAUCCGACGGUACAGCUGACCGUAGAGAACGCUCUCAAGAAGAUGGAAUCGCCGUUUGACAGUGAUCCGGCGCUGGUGCGCAAAAUACACGCGUUCCUCGAGCGGCACGGGUUCGUCAACUUCGGGAUUUUCAAGCGGUUGAAGCCACUGCCGACAAAGAAGCACGCUAAGGUGAUCGUGAUUGGAGCGGGCAUUUCAGGUUUGGCCGCAGCCCAGCAGCUUCAACAGUUUGGCUUCGACGUGAUCGUGCUGGAGGCACGUGAUCGCGUCGGCGGACGCAUCGCUACCUUCCGCAAGAACGCGUACACGGCUGACCUGGGGGCGAUGGUGGUGACCGGCAUCUGGGGCAACCCGCUCACCAUCCUCAGCAAGCAGACCGGCAUGGAAAUGUGUCCGAUUAAGAGUACCUGUCCGCUGUACGGCGCCGGCGGCAAGCCGGUGCCCAAACAUAAGGACGACAUGGUGGAACGUGAAUUCAACCGGUUGCUCGAGGCCACCAGUUAUCUGUCCCACCAGCUCGACUUUAAUUACGCCGGCAACCAUCCGGUCUCGCUUGGACAGGCUCUCGAGUGGAUUAUCAAGCUGCAGGAGAAGCACGUCAAGGAGAAACAGGUACAACAUCUAGCGGGAAUCAUUACGCUGCAGGAGCAGCUUCUCGAGAACCAGAACAAACUUGAGGAGAUGCUCACCCGCAUAGAGGAGCUGAAGGCGAGAGCGCAACAACUAGUUGAUUCGAAGCCCCCGAAACCAGCCCCAUCGACAAAGGAGACCCCCGCGGGGCACGAGACCAGCUCCGGAGGGGAUGCGACGGCAACGAAGUACUUCGAGCAGGAGUUCCAGCUGCGUGUGACAAUGCGCGAGGAGCAACAUGCGUGGAAGGAAGUGGAGCGACUCCGGGCCAGCCAGGCUGAGAUCGAGGCGAAGGUGCGCGAUCUGGAGAUCGAGCAAGUAUCCGAGGUGUACCUGUCGUCAAAGGAUCGUCAGAUACUAGACUGGCACUUUGCAAAUCUGGAGUUUGCGAACGCGACCCCGCUCAGCAACCUGUCACUGAAACACUGGGAUCAGGACGACGAUUUUGAGUUCAUUGGUAGCCACACGACGGUCAAGAACGGUUACUCAUGCGUGCCGAUCGCGCUCACCGACAACCUAGAUGUGCGAGUGAACACAGCCGUCACGUGCAUCCGGUAUCGGCCGGGCGGUGUCGAGGUGACCGCCGAUCUCAAGUCGAACAACUCGUCCGUGUGCUACCGGGCCGAUCUGGUGCUGUGCACGCUCACCCUUGGAGUGCUGAAGGUGGCCAUCGCGGAGGAGUCGAAGCAGCUUAACACGGUGCGCUUUGAUCCACCCCUGCCUGAGUGGAAGCAGUCCGCCAUCCGGCGCCUCGGGUUCGGUAACCUCAACAAGGUUGUGCUUUGCUUCGACCGCAUCUUUUGGGAUCCGAACACAAACCUCUUCGGGCACGUUGGUAGUACAACGGCAAGCCGGGGAGAGCUGUUUCUUUUUUGGAACAUCUCGCAAUCACCGGUUCUGCUCGCGCUAGUCGCCGGACAGUCGGCCGCCAUCAUGGAGAACGUGUCUGACGAUGUGAUCGUCGGACGGUGCAUCGCCGUGCUGAAAGGCAUCUUUGGCAACUCAGCCGUACCGCAACCGAAGGAAACUGUCGUCACCCGGUGGCGAGCGGAUCCAUGGGCUCGCGGUUCCUACAGCUUCGUGUCGGUCGGAUCGUCCGGCAGCGAUUACGAUCUCCUUGCCGCUCCAGUUACUCCGAAAGCUCCGGACGGAGACGCUCCCACUGGAUCGACCACCAAGCAGCAAUCGCAGCAACAAACACAGCAGCAUCGCCAUGACAACAACGGAGGAAAUGAUGACGACGGCGACGACAGCGACAGCAAUCCGAUUGACAUUCCGCGACUAUUUUUCGCUGGGGAGCACACUAUACGCAAUUACCCGGCCACGGUGCACGGGGCAUUGCUGAGCGGACUACGGGAAGCCGGUCGCAUCGCCGACUACUUCCUGGGCUUUCCUAAUACCUACCCCGAAGCGCCGAAGGAGGAAUCGAAGAAGUAAACCCACAAGGUGUGUCCCUGAUAUUUCUCUUUCUCGUCGAGUUAUAUCGCAAACGCACACACACAAGUAGCAUGAUGCGAGGAAUGGAUGGAUCAAACAAAUGUUACUUUCUCCGCACAACAUCACCAUGCCAGGUCCCAUUGCAAAACUGCCGCGAUGCCCCCUCCCUUCCCAGUUCAUGUAGAAUCAUUUUUUCUCCUGCCACACCAUUGCAUUAUGUGCGGCGAACCUAUGUUGUUCACGUCCUCCUAGUGGUGUUAUCCCUUUGUGCUCUGCACCCGGCAACGUAUCCUUUACGAAUGGUAGCAAUCACUUAUUGUGUGUUUUGUGUGCGCGCGUUGUUCAGCACCCCGGUGUACUUCGGUAUUACUACAUUCAUUAUUUCCGUCUGCCAUGUUCAAUAUUGUAGAUAA